UUGUUUCUCAGCUGCCAAGAACUCUAGCAUCGCUAGUCAUGUCUCACAUAGCUGUGGAGAGGAACAGGAGAAGACAAAUGAAUGAACAUCUCAAGGUUUUACGUUCCUUGACACCUUGUUUCUACAUCAAGCGGGGAGAUCAAGCAUCAAUAAUAGGGGGUGUAAUAGAAUUCAUAAAGGAGUUGCACCAAGUUCUACAAUCCCUAGAGGCAAAAAAGCGAAGGAUGAGUCUGAGCCCUAGUCCUGGACCUCCUGGUCCUAGCCCGAGGCCAGUCCUAUUGCAGCUAAGUCCUAACUCUGAAAGUUCACUUGGAGGGCAUGAUAAGUUUAAGGAAGUCGGAACAUGCUGCAACUCUCCGGUGGCUGAUGUGGAAGCAAAGAUAUCAGGAUCAAACGUUAUCUUGAGAACUGUUUCUAAGCGAAUUCCUGGUCAAUUGUCAAGGAUCAUCAGUGUGUUGGAGAAAUUCUCCUUUGAAAUUCUCCAUUUGAAUAUCAGUAGCAUGGAAGAUACUGUUCUUUACUCUUUUGUCAUCAAGAUAGGGCUUGAGUGUCAGCUGAGCCUGGAAGAACUUGCAAUGGAGGUUCAACAAAGUUUCCGCUUCCAAUCAGUUUAUGCCAAGGAAACUGUAGGAUAGGAAUGCUGAUCGAGAAAAUUUAUGUAAGUGGUACAUGUCUUCCCUUCUUCGAGGACAUCCCAUGAAACUGGGACCUAAGUGAUAUAGCAUUUUUCCUUGUAUAGUAAAGAAACUGGCAUCCUGAAUGCAUUUUAAUGCAUACAACACGGUACUCUUUACUAAAUAAGGAAAGG